GUGACGGUGACUGAUAGUGAAGUAGUACUAUGAGGGAAGGGUGAAAAGAACCCCAUCGGAGAGUGAAAUAGAACAUGAAACCGUAAGCUUCCAAGUAGUGGGAGGAGAUCAGGACUCUGACUGCGUGCCUAUAGAAGCUUCCAAGUAAUAGGCAGUGGCUUGGUUAAGGGAACCCACCGAAGCCAUAGCGAAAGCAAGUUUUCAUAGGGCAAUUGUCAUUGCUUAUAGACCCUAAUAUGAGUGAUCUAUCCAUGACUAGGAUGAAGUUUAGGUGAAGCUAAGUGGAGGUCGGAAUGAAACACAAAAUUGAAAGUUCAAGAAUUUAGCAAAAAAGAAUAAAAAAGAAAAAGAAAUCCUAAAAUCUCUCCCUCAUGCAUGGCCUGCAGUUCACCUACCUAAAUUUGAACCAACAACCAAUUGUAUAAAAAGAAACAAUUGUAGAAUAAAAAAGUACUCCUUCAGCUGAUUGUUUGUCUUCUCUCUCUGUUACCAAAAGGAUGCCAAUAAAAGGUGGAAAUUUGGUUGGCCCUUAAUCUGAUGAUGGCUUAUCAAUGUACAAACUGAGGUGGGGCUUUGUCUGAUAAGCUUUGGGUGAUAUUAAUCAUAGUAUUGUCAUCAUGCAAACCCUGAUGGAGAGGCUAAGACCCCUUGUAGGUAGUAAAAGCUGGGACUACUGUGUUCUCUGGAAAUUGAGCCAAGACCAGAGAUGUAUUGAAUGGGUGGACUGCUGUUGUGCUGGGACUGAGAACAAUCAAAAUGGUGGAGAAAAACACGUCUUUCCAUGUAGGGACACCUUAAGUCCACACCCACGUGCCAGUUCUUGCGAUCUUCUUGCUCAGCUGCCAUGUUCAGUGCCGCUAAAUUCUGGGUAUUUCAUUGAUAUUUAUCAUUCCACAUACCCUACUUCCCUUCCUCAUCUAUCUCUCAACUUUUCCCUGUUGAACAGGGUUUAUAUACAGACAUUGUUAUCAAAUGAACCUAGAUGGCUACUCUUCUCCAAUGGCAUGGAUUCAACCGCACUGGAAGAAACAAUGGGGACCAGGGUAUUAAUUCCAUUUCCAUUUGGAUUAGUGGAGCUGUUUAUUGCUAAACAUGCGUCUGAAGAUCAGCAUGUCAUAGAUUUUGUUACAACUCAAUGCAGCAUUUCGAUUGAGCAAGGAGCUAUUAUUAAUUCAAGCAAUAUGGAUACAAGUUUCUCUGUUGAUGUAAAUGCAACCAACGAAAUCCAAUCAAAGCCAUUUUUAGCAGAUCAGAAUGUUGUAAUAGAGGAUCCUGAAAAUCAAUUUGAGGCACCAGGUUCAACCGCACCAACAUUAGAAAAUGCCAAUGUGGGUUAUGAAAUCUCAUUAGACAGAAUCCGCCUCUGUAGUUCUCCUAUGAACUUCUUGCAACAGUUCAAUUAUAGCUCAGAAAACAGAAACAAGAACGAAAUCUUCCAUGAAUGUUCACAGGAUGCAUUCCAUACUGAUAAGCAGGGAAAUCCUUACAAGUUUUCAGCAGAAAAUGAGUUCCAAGAGGUGGAUAUAAUGCAGGGGUCCUUAAUGAACAACACAUCAAACAUUCAUAUGCAGUUCAAGGAGAACACUGAAUGUAAGGAGCAGCAAGGGGAAGAAAAGGACUUAGUCAAAAAUGAAAAUGGAAGGUCUGAUUCAGUCUCUGAUUGCAGCGAUCAGAUCGAUGAUGAAGAUGAUGUGGUUGCGAAGUACCGCCGGAGGACUGGGCAGGGUCCUCAAUCAAAGAACCUUGUUGCUGAGAGGAAGAGAAGAAAGAAACUUAAUGAGCGGCUGUAUAACCUGCGAGCAUUGGUUCCCAAAAUUUCCAAGAUGGACAAAGCCUCAAUACUUGGUGAUGCAAUUGACUUUGUGAAGGAGUUGCAAAAGCAAGUCAAGGAACUCCAAGAUGAACUGGAAGAACAUUCAGAUGAUGAAAAUGGUAAGAUUGUAGUUACAGGAAACGAUGGAAACAAAACUAGUGUCCAGCUACCUGAGUUUUUGAGCCAGAACGAUAAAGCUCAAAACAGUUACCAUAUAGGAGUUCUAGGAAGUGGAAGCCUUUUGAAGCAACAUCAUCAGGACACUGAAGGUACUAACAAUGACAAGACACAACAGAUGGAGCCGCAAGUGGAAGUGGCUCAGAUUGACGGGAACGAGUUCUUCGUAAAGGUUUUUUGUGAGAACAAGCGAGGUGGGUUUAUGAGGCUAAUGGAGGCCUUAAACGCUCUUGGCUUGGAAGUCACAAAUGCAAAUGUGACCAGCUAUAGAGGCCUCGUAUCUAAUGUUUUCAAAGUUGGGAAAAAGGACAGUGAAUUGGUUCAAGCGGAUGAUGUAAGGGACUCCUUAUUGGAGAUAACAAAGUACCCAUGCAGAGGGUGGUCUGAAAUGGUUAAGCAACCAGAGUGCAGCGUAAGCCGCAUGGACUACCAGACCCACCCCCAUACCCACCAGCACCAGCACCAGCACCAGCACCAGAUCCAGCAUCCAUUUCUAGACAAAGCUAUCAAUUCACGCCUCCACCUCCUUGAUGAUUAAUUAACAAAUCUUCUUCCCAGCCAAGGCACUAAUUUCAGACUAUAUCUAUUUGUUUUCAUUUCUAGUUCAUAGUACACACACCACAAUAAAGAAUAAAAACGAUAAACACGCAAAUUCCACAACCAUGUUGUUUCGAAUAAUCAAAAUCAAUUACCUCC